CUCUACUGCUGGAUGAGACCUUUAAAAUGUUUUUCAUCUUCUUGCUGUAGCUUUGGGGUUCCGUUUUUUCUUUCUUUUUUUUUUUUGAAAGAAAAAAUAUUUUGGUUAUCGCGCCGACUUAAUUUCUUCUCUUUUUUUUGUUUUAAUUUAUCCUUCAGUAUUUUUCCCCUCCUCCUCCUCUUCUCCGAUGAACCUCUUCUCGGUUUGCACUUUGCAUGAAAAAGAUCAGAGGAAAGACAUCAUGAAGUGUUAAAAAAUAAUCAUAAAGCCACCUUUGCAGCAACAACAACUAACAAUUCAAGCUGCAAUUUGCCAAGCUGCAAAAGAGAGAACCAACCUUUAUGCAAAAGGCGAAUAGACAGAGCAACCCGCUCUGAUGCAUCAUCAAUACUAUUGGCUCUGCAAAGGAUAAUAAAGAGAGAGAGAGAGAAACAGUCGGUGCAAAUUGGAGCGAAGGUUGCAAGGGGCUGGUGGAGAGAAAGAAGGAAAAUAGAUAUUGCAAAUAAUCAAGCUGGCUCACCCGGUUGCAACUCAGAGCAGUCCCCUCGCUCCUGGUGCGCACCCUUUCUGGAGGACUGUCAGCAGCAAAAGGAUGGCAUCAGAACUGGCAAUGAGCAACUCCGACCUGCCCACCAGUCCCCUGGCCAUGGAAUAUGUUAAUGACUUCGAUCUGAUGAAGUUUGAAGUGAAAAAGGAGCCGGUGGAGACCGAUCGCAUUAUCAGCCAGUGCGGCCGCUUGAUCGCUGGGGGAUCGCUCUCUUCCACCCCGAUGAGCACGCCCUGCAGCUCGGUGCCCCCUUCCCCGAGCUUCUCGGCGCCCAGCCCGGGCUCUGGCACGGACCAGAAGACCCACCUGGAAGAUUAUUACUGGAUGACCGGCUACCCGCAGCAGCUCAACCCAGAGGCGUUGGGAUUCAGCCCCGAAGACGCGGUGGAAGCGCUGAUCAACAGCAGCCACCACCAGCUCCAGAGCAGCUUCGAUGGCUAUGCUAGAGGGCAGCAGCUGGCCGCCGCGGCGGCCGGCACUGGGGGCUCCAUGCCCGGGGAAGAGAUGGGCUCCGCCGCCGCCGUGGUCUCCGCAGUGAUCGCUGCAGCCGCGGCUCAGAACGGGGCACCCCACUACCACCACCAUCACCACCCGGCUGGGCACCACCACCACCAGCAGCCGGGCAGCGUGCAGUCCAGCAGCAGUAGCAGCAGCAGCAGCAGCACCGGGGGAGGAGGUGGUGGAGGGGGUCUGCACCACCAGCACCACAGCAGCAGCCUGCAUUUCGACGACCGCUUCUCGGAUGAGCAGCUGGUGACCAUGUCGGUGAGGGAGCUGAACAGGCAGCUCCGAGGGGUGAGCAAGGAAGAGGUGAUCCGGCUGAAACAGAAGAGGAGGACCCUCAAAAACAGAGGCUAUGCCCAGUCCUGUCGCUUCAAGCGGGUCCAGCAAAGGCACGUCCUGGAGUCAGAGAAGAACCAGCUGCUGCAGCAAGUAGAGCACCUAAAGCAAGAGAUCUCCAGGCUGGUCCGGGAGAGGGACGCCUACAAGGAAAAAUAUGAGAAGCUGGUCAGCAAUGGCUUCAGAGAAAACGGAUCCAGCAGCGACAACCCUUCCUCUCCAGAGUUUUUCAUGUACCCAAGAGAAUCUUCUACAUCGGUGAUGUGAAAAUGCCUGUUGCCUGAAGUUAAAAAAAAAAAAGAAAGAAAAAUGAUGCUGGAAUGCUGAUGGCUUAAGACAACUUUUUGGCAUGA